CCAGCGUAUCGCCGCCGACGAAAAUCUCUUGAGAUCGCCGGGGCGGGCAGCCAAGUCCCCGCUGCGUCUCUGCCACCCGAGGUGAUCAUGCUGAUACUGGGCCAUGCCCUCAGUUCAUGCGCUCGAUGUCCCCCUUGCAAGAUGAAUUCCAUCUUUCACGAUAACCAUCGAAGGGUUCUACGCACUAUCAUCCCUGUCAGCAAGGACUGGCUUAAUCCGGCUCGCACGUACUCUCGGCGAAAGACCGCAGCUUUCGCGCUUGGUGUGCUCGCUUGCGAGACGCAUAACUCCCUGGAGCUCGACCACAUUCUAGGUCCUGCGCCUUGCACGACCUCCCUAACCCGGCUUGUCCUCAAAUGCGCCCCUGGUCGCCCUAAGACACUCCCCAUCCUCGAUAUUCUAGCCACCUUCUCAUGUCUUCGGGACCUGUGCCUUGUCGGUUUCAACGGAUGCGGCGCGCUGCGGCUGCCUAAGCUCCCAUCUCUCCGGAUCCUUCGCGUUUGGAGCUGCUACGUCAACGAGGAGCAGGUUUCCCCGACGCUCGGGGGCCUGGCUUUGGAGACACUCGAGUUCUUCGAUACCCCGACCGAGCUGAUUGGGAUGGUCUGCGCGUACUUACACCGCGGCGACUCUCGCGUGUCUCCGCGCAAAGAGCUGGAUAUGGGGUCCGUGUCUCUUUGCUUCGGUUCGGGGCGUCACUAUGCGGAGUACCACGUCAGAGGCGUGGAAGCCAUCGCGGCCCUGGAAGCGCCUGUCCUCGAAUGGCCGGGACGUUGGUAUGAAGCCGACUCGCCCGACCCGGCGGAAGAGGAACUCGCCGCGGAGACGGUGGAGUUGAUGGGUUGGCUCCCCUGA